GACGACGGAACGGCAACUUUUCCGUCGACGAUUUCCGUCGUUCGUUGCCGCAUGGAUGGCGAUCAAUUCUCAUUACUUUGUCGAAAGAAUAUUUAACGUGUCGAAUGCCGAAUCGAUUGAAAAAUAUGAAACAUUUGAAAAAGAAUUGACAUUUCCGUCGAAUAUGUCUGCAGUAAAGUCGAACACAACUUGGUUACCACUGAAAGACCAGAUUCUCUUUGAAAAUACUUCGAAUUUUCUAAACGAAAACUCAUUUAAUAUUGAACACAACAGUAGGAUUUCAUGCGGAGAUAAAUACGUUCGUCACGCACCUUUUGAGGAAGAAAUUUCAUUAAAAAGUGUAAUUAAAAAUGAAGAUAUUUUGUUUAUUCCAAGAUCCACGAAUCAACAAAAAGACGAAAUAGAUUUAAUUAUGGAAAAGCAUAUUAGUAACCAAUUAGAAUAUCUGACUCAAAAUUCAGAUUAUAAAUUGAAUGAUAAUUUAAAUAACGAAUUAGAACAAUUUCCAAUGAAUAAAAAUUAUCUCGGAUUUAAUAUACAAAAAUUUGGAAUAGAAAACACUUUAAUAAAUAUCGAAGGAACCAUUAAGGGGUCAAAAAUGAAUAUUCCUCUGAAUUCCUCUGAUUAUAAUUAUUACAAAUGCCCGUCUUGUAUUUACUUUACUCAAAAAAGAGAUAAAUUAGAUAAACACAUGCAAAGACACGUCAUAUAUGAAGGAUAUCAUCCGUGCGGUAAGAAACGUCAGAAAACAAAUAUGCCAGCCAAAAGACACAAGCACAAUCCAGAAGAAUAUGAAUGUCCCUUAUGCCCUUACACUUGUACCGUUUCUGAAGCUUACAAGAAACAUCUCAAGAUUCAUGUUUCUGGAGAAAAUCCACUCAAGGUGAAAGUAAGUUGUAAAAUAUGUGGCAAGGAUCGAUCCGACGAUAUAGAAAUGGAAGAGCACAUGAAAGAGCACAAAAAUAAAAAGUAUUUCUUGUGUGAUUUAUGCAAUUUUAGCAAUUUUCAACUGAAAAAAAUUAUUCAACAUCGUAGAAUGCACACGGGCGAAAAGCCUCAUUUGUGUCCACACUGCGACUAUCGAUCGUCUAGAAGAGACAAUUUAAGAUCUCAUGUCAGAAGAAUGCAUGGGAAAGAGAACAUGUAUAUCGAUACAUUCGAUCCCAAGGGAAAUAACUUUUCAUUGGAAGAUAGCGACGAUUUGUUGUAACUUGAUGAAACCUUCCAAUGUUAUUUUGUAGUUAGUUCUUUCAUGAUUUAUUAAUAUACAUUAUUUAAAAACCUAUCACAUUUACUACGUAUGCUUUAAACACGUCUUGUUUCACUUUACAAUUUACACUUUUAUUCAUUGUUGAUUUAUUCGAACGAAUUCAUCUGUCUAUACGUUUAUAAUAUGUAAGAAAAGUGAUAUAAU